AUGAAUCUGAGAUGGCAGUUUUGGCCAAUUGCACAUCUGGGAGUAGAGCUCUCAUAUCAUGUCUUGUGUACGCAGACAAUAGCAAUGUCACGGUGCAGUACGGAGAUGUUGGGGGAAGCGCAUGAGAAACCACACUCUGUAUACUUGGCCUUCUCAUUGCUCACUAUGCUCGCGUCGGCGAUUGCGCUGCAUCGGUCCGCACGAGAUUCGCUCAUUCAAUCCAGUCCAGUGUCGUCUGUGGGGACCCUCGAUAGCCGCUGUACAUCACCCCCCGCUUGGUUGCACACCGAGCAAGCGUUCGAGGGGUGUGCAAUAUACGUUACGCAGCGGAGACGGCAGAGUAGGACAGCGCGAGCUUCGGGACGGAUCGAGAAUGACCGUCGCUUACCGUACCUAGGUACGAUAGCGCCGCCACCCUCUUCCCCGCCAGCCCAUCCAUGGCCACGUCACUUCACUUCAUCAACUCGCUCAGGUUUGCAACUUAGCCGUCUCUUCUUGAUGCGCGCCCUUGCAUUGCAGACCCUGCCCUAUCUUUGGGCGCCCAAGAGCAUCUCGGUGGAUGGUGAUCCGCGUGGGCUGGCGGACCCAAGAUCCCGCGUGCGCCAGGCUCCGCUGGCCGCCAAUUUUGGCCUCUCAAGAGUAACCAUGGACGAUGCACCACGCUCCGUGUUGGUGACGCAUCUGCAGCUAAACCUGACAUCGAACCAAUGA